AUGAUAUUUGAAUUAUGGGAGGUAGUUUUUACUGAACGAGAUUUAGCCGCCGAUGAGGGCGGCUACGAAGGUGUUCGCCUUCGAACCAAGGAAAGCAUUGUUCUAAAGAGGAAAAGCCAGCUUUUGUUGAAGCAGAUAUCAGCAUCUAGGUCGUUGGACUGUUGCUUCGACCCUAUAGUGUUUUCUUUAACGCAUUUUUGGUUGGAGGUUAUUCCAUACACUUCAAAAGAUACUAAACAGGAGCUUCCCAAAUGGCCACAAGUUUCAGUGACACCUUUCCUAGAGUACAAUCAGGAAGUUGCAAAAGAACGAAUUAAGCUUGAAAGUCAAAGUUUAGAGACAUUGAAAUGGUUACAAGGAUUAACGCCAAUCAACCCCAAGUUUCCAUGUAUCGAGCGAAUUAAAGACAAUGGUUUGGAAGCGCUGAUGUUAGACCUUUACUUAAUAUCCAUGGAAAAGGUUCCAAGCGGUCCGCUGAAAGAGCUAACUGCAAUGCCCAGUUUCUUACAGGAACGUUUUAUGUCACUAACGAAUGAAACUUUAGAAGAAAGAGCGGUAUCACGGUGCGCAGGAAAGUAUGAUUUGGAGCGUUUCCCAAUAGUGGGGCCGCUGUUGGAGGGCUACAUUAUCCAUGCUCUAAGUUUCAAAGAUAAUGUCCGGCAUGAGAAAACCGGGGAAUUCGAAGAGUGGCCCAUUCCCAGAGAAACACCUUGUGAACGAGUCUUCCAAGAUCUGCAAGCAAAGCUUCUAGAUCAUGAUUUCGAUCCUUUAGAUUUUUAUAAGCUUAAAGUAUCGAAGGUGAGUUCUGCUACACAACCGAAGAGGAAUAAGUUCUCGCCGCACAAAGUCUGGAAGGUUUCCAAAGAGCAGAUCAGAGAACUUGAUUGGAAUCCAUUAAAGUGGAUGACCAAAGAGGCCACUACUACACUACUUUCGAAAGAUGUAAUAGUAGCGAAGGAGUAUCGGCCACAUCACGUAUCUUUAACGUUCCCAACCAUGACAUACAAUUCAAUUGAUCUGAUAGACACCGAAAACAAGACAUUUGGUUCCUUGAAGAUAGACAAUUGGCAGAUGCCAGCAAGUAUGGUCGAGGGGCCUUCGACUGGAGAGAUCACAAUAGAAAAACAGUCAUCGAGCUUCAGGGAAGAAAAGGACUCACAGGAAAUUACCAAGAUAAGCACAUCUCUUCUGCCUCACGGUAGGUCAUUUUUUGAUGAGGAAUUGAGAUCGAUGCUUGAGGUCAAAAAAAGAAGGCUGGCUGGCGGAAAGGAAAAUCCCAAGCCUACUGCCCAGCCCACGAGCGUCAACAUGUUACGAAUACUCAACAAGGUAUCGAACAACCGAGACACUCAAACUGAGAAAAACUUAAUACCGGCUGAAAGCAUUCCGACUGUCAACGUUCCACUUCCGACACCUUUCCAGGAGCUAAACCUCCAUAACAUCAAAAAGAGUGUUCUCGUUAAUCUCAGUCGGCUGAAACACAAUCACAGCCUAAUAAGAUAUUUGACGCAUGCAAAUAAUGAGAUUAGCCUUAUUGAACAGAAGCAGUCCCAACCGUACGAUUUUGUUCUGAAUCCGUCGACAUGUAUUAUCAGGCUCCAGUUGGAUACCUUCUUCCAGAUGAAAGACAGCAAUGACUUAUACUAUGAGCAGACUCUCACACACCUUUUAACUGAAUUUAGAAAAGUCAUAGUACUAGUAGAGUACCGCGAUAUGAUGGAAACAGCUGAUCGAGAUGUAUUUUGGAAAAUCCGCCUAUAUCUUAACAGACCAGAGUUCGAAGUCCAUUUAACAUCCUCUAAUGAUGAAGCGAUAGGAAAUUGGAUCUGUAUGCUAGCCAGGAGGUAUUCUGGUCAGUUCAGAGAGUUCAAUGCCUCCAGCACUAGCGAAGAGUUCUUGCUAGCUCUCAACUUGAAUAAAUUUCAGGUUCAAACACUUCUUGAAAGGUACCACCUCUCAAGCUUCCUUCAUAUGAUCUUGGACAAUGACACUUCGCAGUUGGAAGACACGCUUUCACCAUUACAGGUUCAGAGAAUCAAGAGUAUGAUGCUUUUAGAGUGA